ACAAUUUGAAGGAAAAAAACAAUGAAUCAGCUGCCAAAAUCUUAAACACCACCAUUGAUUUUGUAGUAAGGAAAACAAUGUAAGGUAACCGUGUUCGUUAAUUAUUUUCUUUUGGUUGAAUUCCCAGGCUACAGUUGGCAUAUCCACAGAUGGCACAUAUCUCUGGCACAGCAUUCCAGAAAGGGUUUACACCGCCAUCUAGUGGUCAUGGAGAGUUGCAGCACACGGGCUGCCACACUCGGGGGUCACAUUCUCGAAGCUUUUCUUUUCUUUAACUCAACACAUUUAUGAUUUGGUGUGUUGUAGAUAGUUUCUUUAAAUGACUCAUUAGAAAAGUUUUGGGAGUAGUGCAUAGGACUUAUAAAGAAACCCAGAACACGUUUCAUAAUUGUAUCAAUGGUUUAUCACACUUGAUGUCUGAAAAUUCAUUUAGUGCACAGUUGCACUUUAGUGCACAGUUGCACUCCUGCCUUCAGAGGGCGCAAUAAUCUCGCAGUACCUAAGAACACGAAAGCACUUUUUAGCCGCUUCAUAAAUUGCAUGUCAAAAACAGAUUUAUUUUUUAUUUUUAAAAAAAUAUAUGAUUUCAGGCGAAAUAUCUAUCUGCUUAUAUUUUUAAUAAUAAUAAUACAAUGUAAAUAGUAACAUCGAGUAAAAUAGUACAUGGCAUGUCGUUUUGCAAUAUUGUGGUCAGGCGGUUCCUUCAGGCAGUCUAAGUACGAGAGCAGAAGGCCCCCCUGUUUCACAGUGAGCUUCAUUGUGAAUCAACUUUGAAAGAAUAGUCUCCCGGACAUUCACUGGGAGGCGAGGUAUUGUCGCGUCAAACCGCCUUUUCAAAUACCUAUACCUGCACUUGGAAGAGUCGCUGGUCGGGAGAGGAGUACGGAACCCUAGCAAACAUGAUAACCUCAGCAGCUGGAAUUAUCUCUCUCUUGGACGAGGAAGAACCUCAGCUCAAGGAGUUUGCCCUGCACAAGCUGGAUGCUGUGGUCAAUGAUUUCUGGGCUGAGAUUUCAGAGUCUGUUGAUAAAAUCGAGGUUCUGUAUGAAGACGAGACCUUCCGGAGCCGGGAGUUUGCUGCUCUGGUGGCCUCCAAAGUGUUUUAUCAUCUUGGUGCAUUCGAGGAAUCCCUGAACUACGCACUGGGUGCCGGGGAUCUGUUCAACGUCUCAGACGACUCGGAAUAUGUGGAGACGAUAAUCUCGAAGUGCAUCGAUCACUACACAAAGCAGCGGGUUGAGAACAUAGAGGUUCCAGAGAACGAGAGGAAGAGCAUUGACCCCCGUCUGGAGGGCAUUGUCAACAAGAUGUUCCUGCGCUGCCUGGGAGACCAUAAGUACAAGCAGGCCAUCGGCAUCGCUCUUGAGACACGCAGGCUCGACAUCUUUGAGAGGACCAUCCUCGAGUGUACCGAUGUUGGAGGCAUGCUGGCCUACAGCCUGAAGGUUUGCAUGUCUUUGAUGCAGAACAAACAGUUUCGCAACAAGGUGCUCAGAGUGCUGGUCAAGCUCUACAUGAACCUGGAGAAGUCAGACUUCAUCAACGUUUGCCAGUGCCUGAUAUUCCUGGACGACCCUCAGGCGGUGAGUGAUAUCCUGGAGAAGCUUGUGAAGGAGGAUAACCUGCUGAUGGCCUAUCAGAUCUGCUUCGACUUGUACGAGAGUGCCAGCCAGCAGUUCCUGUCCUCUGUCAUCCAGAACCUGCGCACUGUCGGCACGCCCAUCCCCGCUGUGCCCGGCUCCACCAACACUGGCACUGUGCCCACUGCAGACAAGGACAGUGAUGCCAUGGAAACAGAUAAGACUGGCAGUUCACCGGCAGGAAAGCCAGCAGAAUCGAAGGAAGAACCCAAAGACCAGAACUCAAAGAUGAUUAAAAUAUUAAGUGGUGAAAUGGCCAUUGAACUACAACUCCAAUUCCUGAUCAGAAACAACCACACAGACUUGAUGAUUCUAAAAAACACAAAGGAUGCAGUACGGAAUUCUGUCUGCCACACCGCAACUGUUAUAGCCAACUCCUUCAUGCAUACUGGAACAACAAGCGACCAGUUUCUCAGAGAGAACUUGGAGUGGCUGGCCAGAGCCACAAACUGGGCGAAAUUCACUGCUACUGCCAGCCUGGGAGUUAUUCACAAGGGCCAUGAGAAGGAGGCACUACAGUUAAUGGCCACGUACCUGCCCAAGGACACAUCACCUGGCUCAGCCUAUCAGGAGGGAGGAGGCCUGUACGCUCUGGGGUUGAUCCACGCCAACCACGGUGGUGACAUCAUUGACUACCUGCUCAGCCAGCUGAAGAACGCCAGCAACGAUAUUGUGCGUCACGGAGGUUGCCUGGGUCUGGGGCUGGCUUCCCUGGGAACUGCCCGACAGGACGUGUACGACCUGCUCAAGUCCAACCUCUACCAAGAUGAUGCUGUCACAGGGGAGGCAGCAGGACUAGCUCUGGGGCUGGUGAUGCUGGGCUCCAAAUCUGCCCAGGCCAUCGAAGACAUGGUGGGGUACGCCCAGGAGACGCAGCACGAGAAGAUCCUCCGCGGGCUGGCAGUCGGCAUCGCCCUCGUUAUGUAUGGCAGGAUGGAGGAGGCAGACACACUCAUCGACAGCUUGUGCAGGGAUAAGGACCCCAUCCUCAGACGUUCUGGAAUGUACACGGUCGGCAUGGCAUACUGUGGCUCAGGGAACAACAAAGCCACCCGACGCCUUCUCCAUGUAGCUGUGAGCGAUGUCAGCGAUGAUGUCAGAAGGGCAGCUGUGGAGUCAAUGGGGUUUAUUAUGUUCAGGACCCCUGAGCAGUGUCCCAGCGUGGUGUCCUUGCUGUCGGAGAGCUAUAACCCCCAUGUGCGCUGUGGGGCAGCCAUGGCCCUUGGCAUCUGCUGUGCAGGAACAGGAAACAAGGAAGCAAUCAACCUCCUGGAGCCCAUGACCAAUGACCCUGUCAACUAUGUCCGCCAGGGAGCUCUCAUUGCAUCCUCCCUCAUCAUGAUCCAGCAAACAGAGGUCACCUGCCCGAAGGUGAACCAGUUCCGACAGCUCUACUCCAAGGUCAUCAAUGACAAACAUGAUGAUGUCAUGGCUAAAUUUGGGGCCAUCCUUGCACAGGGCAUCUUGGACGCUGGGGGCCGCAAUGUGACGAUCUCUCUGCAGUCACGGACGGGUCACACACACAUGCCCUCGGUCGUGGGCAUCCUGGUCUUCACCCAGUUCUGGUACUGGUUCCCUCUCUCCCACUUCCUGUCUCUCUCCUUCACUCCCACCGCCAUCAUCGGCCUCAACAAGGACCUGAAGAUGCCCAAGGUGCAGUACAGAUCAAACUGUAAGCCAUCCACUUUCGCUUACCCACCUGCGCUGGAAGUGCCAAAAGAGAAGGAGAAGGAGAAGGUCUCCACGGCUGUUCUCUCUAUCACUGCCAAAGCCAAGAAGAAGGAAAAGGAGAAGAAAGAGAAAGAGGAGGAGAAAAUGGAGGUGGAGGAGACAGAGAAGGAAAAAGAAAAGGAGAAAGAAAAGGAAAAGGAAAAAGAGGAGAAGGAGAAGAAAAAAGAGCCGGAGCCGACAUCCCAGCUUCUGGAGAACCCUGCCAGAGUCAUGCCUGCCCAACUUAAAGUGCUGACCAUGCCAGACACCUGCCGCUACCAGCCCUUCAAACCACUGCACAUCGGGGGGAUUAUCAUCAUGAAGGACACCAGUGAGGAGGAUGAGGAGCUGGUAGAGUCGGUGGACGCCCACGGCCCCAAGAUCGAGGAGGAAGAGGUAGAGCCCGAGGUCCCAGAUCCCUUCGAGUACGUUGAUGAAUAAAAACCACACUUCUCAGAUUCUCAGGUCAUGCAAUGAGAUCUUCGCUCUGCGAGGCAGCCCUGCAGAGAGACACAGACGCAGCCUGCAACGACACCACUCUAGUAUUUUACACUGUCCUUCCUUUGUCUGGCCAGAGAGUUUCUCAUCAAAUGUUUUACACUUCAGUUUAUUCUGUAACAGUUAUCAUUGCCACUCGGUUCAAUAAAAUAUAUAUAUAUAUAUGUAUGUAUACUUUAUUGGAGAAAAUAACAUUUGAAUUUAAUGUUAUGAAUAUAUUUUGUCUCCUGAAACUUCAUAAUAAUAUGCAUUAAUGCAACAUGUAGUGUUUACAAAAAAGGAAGAAAAUAGGUGUAAAUAAAACUAGGUGAUCACCAGGUGAUCAAUAAGUGUAUUAGUUACAAGACAUAUGACAAACAUUUGCUGUUCCUACAAGUGCAGUGAAACUUUCUACACCUCUUAUAUAUUGGUGCUUUGUGUAUUCCAGAUCGCUCUAAACAUGCAGAAUGGUUUGCUCAAGGAAGGAACUUCAAAAUGUCGUUUGAAUUGUUUUGUUUUAUGUUUCCUGCACUAUUUUAUGGUGGUUAUCAUUGCAGACACCACAGCAGUAGAAAUGUAAAAUACCAGUUAAUGAAAUUUGAAGCUACCUUAUCUGUAAAGGUUUUUAUUUUUCCUGGAGGUGGAUGGGGGGGUAUUUAAAUUCAGAUCUUUUUUUGAUAUAUAUAUAUAAAGAAUUGAGGGUUUUUAAGCUUUUGUUUUCACACCCUCUGCAUAAAGAAUUUUGCUGUUCUCUUGAUUGAUCUUCCGGUCUGUGUCACAGAAAAAUAAGUUAAAGCAUCUUUAAUUGCAAAAUGACUGCUGCUUUUAAUGAGAACACAAAAAAGGAAACCUAUGUAAAACUUUUUUUUUUGUUUGUUUUUUGUUUUUGUUUAUGCCAUACCUCCAGCGGCUCUGGGGGUGUGUUAUACAAGUACAGCCUCAAACCGUAAUAAAUACUUUUCUCUAAAACUUA